AUGCUUCAUUAUGCAGCUGCCUAUCCCGUUGCUCAGGAGAAAACAACUGUGAAGAUUGGCAACGGAAAAACUCUGUCAGCUACGCAAGUUUCGCCGACCAAUCAAGAAAACGAGAGAAUAAUCUACGGACCGUACAAGGAUCAGCCUGCGUUCAAUAGCAAACCCCAUCAAAAAUUCCACUUACGAAAACAAACUCUCCCCUUCGUGGGGCAAACGAACAUUGAGCGCAGAACAAUUGAAAUGUCGGCAUUGCGGGAGAAUAUUGCCAGGUCCAUGUCUCUACGACUUGACCACCCGAUGGAUCGAUCGUGGACGUCGCCAGCCGGACUGCCAUUUCUCACUUUACGCCAGACGGUGCUACCGGCAUCUGCUAAAGACAUAUAUUACCGUGAUGAAAUUGGAAAUAUUUCAACGUCCUCGGUGCGGCUUCGAGCAGACUCUGUGGAAGUCGAGAUAAAGCCUAGGUUCCCAUUGUAUGGAGGAUGGCGUACUUCAUAUGUUAUUGGCUACAAUGUUCCAUCUUUCGAAUAUCUCUACAAUAAAGGAAAUGACUAUGCACUGAAGAUGCGUGUGCUUGAUCACGUGUUCGAUAACGUCGUUGUUGAGAAACUCACCACGAAAAUCGUUCUUCCGGAGCUCGUCAAGAAGAUUAAACUAACAACCCCGUAUACGAUGGAUCGCCGUCCUGAUGAAGUCCGCGCUACGUAUCUUGAUACUACUGGCCGGAUUGUAGUUGUCCUGCAGAAAGAAAAUCUUGUACCGGAACAUAUCCAGUCAUUCACGCUUUUCUAUGAAUUUGAAUAUUCGAACAUGAUUCGUGAGCCGUUGCUUGCCAGUGCAUUCUUCUUGGCCCUCUUCACUGCCGUGAUUAUUUACAUGCGAUUUGACUUCACUAUUGUUGCAGAUCCCGUUCGUGAAGCUCGUGAGCGCAUACAGGGCAAGGUGACAUCAUUGUCUCAACUGGUCGACAAGAAAAAUCGCGUGUUUUCUCAGUUCCUCACCGCUGUCAGUCAAUACAAGACAUCACGCGAUGUUUCAGCGCUGCAGGAUGGAAAGAAACGACUAGAGACAGAUCGCAACGAGAUCAAUGCCAAACUUACUAAUGCCAUUGCAACGUUCAAGGAUGAGGGACAAGACAUUUAUGAUAAAGUGGGUUUGAAGCUAUUCGAUAAGCGACAUGUUUGGUUGUUCGAUCUAUCCGAAUGUUAG